CAGAUGGUUGCUUCGUUUUUUUUUUUGCAUUCACGGAACACACAUCGGGGCGGUCUCAUAGGUAACGUCGUUGGAGAUUAGAACACUCACCUCGGUGCACACAGGUGUGUCAAAACAAACACACCCUCGUCUAGAAUCUGUUACUGUUGCGCUACAUUGUUGCUGUAAAUGUUGCACAGAGCCCAGCACAUGCAGUGGUGAUAGAGAGUGAUUGAACAUCAAAUGAAACCCUUUGACUCCGACGAGGAGGAAGAGGAGCAGCUGGGGGCUCACCAGAAGGAGCUGAGACAGCGGGCCAACCAGAGCAUACAGCAGCUGAGCAGUGCUCUGGAGCAGCUGAGCUCUGAUGGAGAAGAGGUGGAGGAGCCCAGAGGCAGCGGUGGCAGCAUCUUCACCACCAUGGCCGAAGAGGACAAAGCUGCAUGGAGCCAAAAGACACAGAGCGAAGCAGUCAAUCAGCUGAAGAGCCUUCUACAGAAGCAGUGCAGAGAAAUUCCCUCUCUCAGUCCUUCAAAGAAACAGUCUCCAUCCAAGAGAGUACAGCAGGAGGGAAGAUCCAACUUGCCUGCUUAUCAGGAUUUAGUCCCAAUGAUUCACAACCAGUCAGAGUACAUCCAACACCUGGAAGCUGAAGUCAAAUUGUGCAAGGAGGAGCUGCACGAGAUGAAACAUCGGAUCAGAGUGGUGGUGGUGGAGAAUGAGAAGUUGCAUUCAGACUUCAAAUUCAAAGCGGAUGAAACCCUGAAAGACUACACAAUCCAGAACUCCAUGGUGAAUGGGAGUUUGGCAGCCAACAGCCGCAGCACGCUGCAAAAAGCAGAACACACCACAUGGAAAAAUGAACUGGAACAAUUGAAAGUGAUCUACCAGGCCCAGAUUGAAAGCUUGGAGGCUCAGGUCAUCUCCCUCAGGAAGGAUCUGUCAGUCAGUCAGAAGGAGUGUGAGGAGGUGAAGGAUCGUCUGAGACACCGGGAGAAACAGGCUGCAGAUGCACUGAGAGCUGAUGGAGCUCCUCGUGUGGCAGGAUUGUGUCUGAAGUGUGCACAGCAUGAAGCUGUGUUGGCUGGAACUCACACAAAUCUGCAUGUCCAGGCUAUUGACAGACUCAAAAAGGAGCGUGAUGAGUUACUGGUUGCUCUGCGUGCCGUGCGAGUUAGUCAGCAGGAGGCACAACAGAGGGAGUGGUCAGCCUGUCUACAAGUCAAGCAGGCUGUGGAGAUGGCGGAAGAAGCAAAUCUGUACAAAGCCAGGGUGGAGGUGCAGUGUGAGCAGCUGUCCAGGGAGCUGUCUCGACUCAGGGAACAACAAGAACGAGAAGCACAGGCCUUGAAGGAGAGACUGUCUGAGGCCAGAGAGGAGGGCCGGGCUGAGGCCCGCAAACAGAGAGAGGAGCUGGCACAGACCGUGUCCAGCCUCUCCCAGCAUGUUGCUGAAGUGGAAGGACAGCUAGACAGAGCUAACAGGGACAAGAGCUCACUGACCAGUCAGCUGGAAGAUACGCAUCACAAACUUACCAUCCAGGAACAAGACAAUACCAAGGUGUGUGGGGAUCUUCGAUAUCAGCUCAGCCAGGCCCAGCUGAAGAAAGAGGAGGCAGAGAGAGAGCUCCGAGAGCUCAACACCAAGACCAGCAGACAGAGUGAAAAGGCUGCACAGGAAGUGGAAAGGCUGAGCUCAGAGCUGGUUGGCUGUCGGCAGCAUCUGGAGGUGGUCCAAAAGGACGGGAGCCAAUGGCAGGCCGAAGCCCUGAGCCUAGCAGAACAGCUGGCAAAUGCCCAGCGCCAACUGCACCUCACCAGACAGGACAGAGAGAGUUCAGAACGGGCUCAUGAGGAGGAAAUGGCGUCUGCGACCCUUUCAGCGCGGGAACGACAGAGAGAGCUGGCUUUGCUGCUGGAGCAAACAGAGGCUCAACACCAGCAGAGAGUUGGAGAGAUGGAUGGUCUGCUGAGUUCCCAGAAUUCCCUGAUCAGGAAGCUGAAGGAGGAGUGCUGCGGGCUCGGAGUCAAAUUGGAAGAGCUGACAGAAAGUAGCAGAGGAGAGAUGGAGCAGCUGGCCCUCGAGAAGCAACACCUAGAGGAGACCGUAAAGAGUCUGAAAGCCCGAUGCUCCGACAUGGAAGAUCAGUGUGUCCAACACGGCCGCAUGCACCAGCGCAUGAAGGACAGGCUGCAGCAGUUGGACCGUCACUGUCAGAGCAGUGCCCAGCAGGUGUAUGAGCUGCUGGCCAAACAGAACCAGCUGAUGCAGGAGAGAAACACACUCACUGAGGAGAUGCAAAGCCUUCACACGGAGAGACGAGUCAAUACUGUGUCCACAUGAGUCCGUCCUGCCUGUUUCCUCCUCCUGUCCGUUUGGAUCUGAAGUCAUCUCUUGUU